GCCCUUCCGGUGUGGUAAUGGAAAUGUUUGUUUUCUAGGGUAGAAGUGCCUGUAGCUCUGGUGGCUUUAGCUGACCCUCAGCAGGGGAAGCUGACUCAGUCUCAGGAGAAAGCAUUAAACUCGCUGGGCUUUUGGAAAACCCUGUUUGCUGCUGCUCCUGGGCCUCCAUCAAAGACAUCAGUGGAGUGAGGGCCUGAAGAUGGGAGAUCAAGAGGCAGGUGACCCCUUUGUGGGUAUAGUGGCGAAUGACUACGAAGGAGUCCUGCCCUCGGACACGGUGUCCCUCAGCGAUUCUGAUUCCGAUGACGUUGGGCUGGCGGAUGAAGCCGAAGUUGAUACAGUAUCUCCUGAGGAGCYAUGUGUAGAUGAUGGGGACUACAGGUCAGGAGAGACCUCUGACUCUUCAAGCAGCAGCCGUCAGUCUCCCACCCAGCCAUUCCACCUGCGAGGCAUGAGCUCUACCUUCUCUCUCCGUAGCCAGAGCAUUUUUGAUUGCCUGGAAGAGGCAGCCAAGCUGUCCGUGCCCUCAAUGCCUGAAGAUAAUGUGGUUGAUGGCAGAUUUAAACGGCCCUUGCCGCCAACUACCGCUUCAAGUAACAGGCUUCCAGAAAGCCCUGCAAAGCAAAGCAAGCCAGUGCAGGCUCCCAAAUCCUCCGCUCCAGUCCCUGACUACGUGGCACACCCAGAGCGCUGGACCAAAUACAGCCUGGACGGYGUUUCAGAGUCUAGUGACAAGACUAACAGGGCCGUAGCCAUGGAAUUUCUAGAGGGUUUGAGGAAGAGAGGAGAGGAGCAAAGCUCAGCUGCCCACGACAGCUACACCCCAUACUUCAACCAAGACCCCUCCAGCUGUGGUGCUGGAAGGAUUGUCUUCACCAAACCCUCUAAAAGGGGCGUUGAUGSACUGGAAAAGAAAACGUCGGCAGGAGAGGAUGAUAAGAAGCACACAAAAACAGAUCUGAGAGGAAAGUCUCCCAAGAAGACUGAUAACUUGAGGGAGGAGGAUAAGGUGGAGUUGGAGCAUUUAGAUGGUGGAAAUAGGAAGGCAGCAGAGGAGGAGGGGUGCCUGACGAUGGGGGGCCUGAAUCAAGAAGGGAAACUUAGCGCGAGGUUUAGUGAUGCAGGUGAAGAGCCGUUGGUGGAAACGGUUGGAUUCCACUGCAGUAAGAAGAGGAACAGGAAAAACUUCCGGCCUAAAGCAGACCAUGAAGAGGAAGAGUCCUAAGGGUGGAGCAAAACUAGAGACAUACAAAGACUUGCACUGUUUGGGGGGAUCACCUUUGGAUAUAUUUGUUUUAUCUUAACCCUUUUUUUUUGUCUGUAAACCGGGUGUGUUUUUUUUCUAAUCUAACAGUUUGCAUCAUAGCCUCCAAUUCCAUUUACACUGUUAAAUUAAGCUACCCCAAUUUCAUUCCACACGUUUUGUUCUUGACUGUGGGCACAAGUUACCUGAUAGUGUGCUGUGUUUACUUGAACAGCUUGCUGGAGCUGUGGAAGCCCUGGGCUCCAAAGAAAAAGAUGUUGGCUUUAAAGGCUGUGAGGAUAAUGAAGGGAAGUCACCCUGCCCAGCCACAGACUGGAGCUGUGCCCUAGUUCCGCAGACUUCUGGAACAAAUGUGAGGAGCUCAUUAUAUGUUUUAUGUAAUAAGUUACAUAAUGCRUAUUUAUGUAUAAGUUUCUCUACAUUGAGUGGGUGAGAAUUAGUAACAACCUUGGGAUUGGUCGAGCAACAGCUUUUCGUCUCGGUGGUAUGGUGUGGGGGGAUGAUUUUUGGCCUGUGUAUUGACUUAUACAUUUGUUCCAGGUGGCACUGCUUCCCCAUUGAUUCCUUGUGGGCAUUUGAAUGGAAUGAGAACUUAUACAAGAACUGGAUACUUUUGUUCUCUGGGUAUCAAUAAACUUUCAGUUGUAGCUUGAUUUCUGCAUCUCUUUGAACCAUAUUGAUA